AUUAAUUUGUUGUAUUCAUUCUCUCUCCCCCUUAAAAACGUCGUCGUUUUGAGAUGAAGCCCGCCAGCUGGUCCUCGCGGAAGGCCGGGAGCCAGCCAAUAGUGGCGGUGGUCAUAAUGGCGUUCGUGUUUGGGUGCUUCGUGUAUUACAGUGAGGACGUCAAAUCCAUGGCGUUCUCCAGAAACCCUAAUUUAGGAGGAGGCGAUGAAGAAGAAGAAGUCGUGGUGGGGAAUUCAAGAACCGUAGUGGAGACAGAAGUCGAACCUGCUGUAAAAUUAGAAAAUGUCGCCGGAAUUGUACCGGAGAAGGUCGCCGGAAUGAUACCGGAGAAGGAGGAGGAAAUAGAUACAGAUAUAGAUACAGAUAUAAAUAAUAAUAAAAAUAAUAUAAUUCCUCCUCCUGAAGAGUGCGACCUGUUUAGCGGGAGAUGGGUAUUCGAUAACGUCAGCCGGCCGUUAUACAAGGAGGAAGACUGUCCCUUCCUCACUGCUCAGGUCACGUGCAUCACCAACGGCAGGAAAGAUUCCUCGUACCAGAAUUGGCGCUGGCAGCCCACCAACUGUUCUUUGCCCAAGUUUAAAGCGAAAUUGUUGUUGGAGAAGCUGAGGAACAAGAGGCUGAUGUUUGUGGGAGAUUCCCUGAAUCGGAACCAGUGGGAAUCCAUGAUUUGUUUGCUUCAUUCAGCAGUGCCUAAUAAUUAUAGUAAUCCGGCGGCCAAAACCCUCACCAAGAAUGGCUCCUUGUCUGUUUUCAGAAUUCAGGAUUAUAACGCGACAGUGGAGUUCUACUGGGCGCCGUUCCUGGUGGAGUCGAACUCGGACGACCCGGACUUGCACAGCAUUCAGAAUCGCAUAAUUAUGGCGGAAUCCAUCGACGGCCACGCCGACGCCGCCAAUUGGAAAAACGCCGACUAUCUGGUCUUCAACACCUACAUCUGGUGGAUGAACACCGCCGCCAUCAAACUUCUGAAAGGAUCAUUUAAGGAAGGCUCGACCGAAUACGAUGAAAUAGAGAGACCCGUCGCUUAUAAGAGAGUAUUGACAACUUGGGCCAAAUGGAUCGACGAAAAUGUGGAUCCAAAUCGCACCACCAUUUUCUUCAUGAGCAUGUCACCUCUUCACAUCAAGAGCUCAGACUGGGGCAACCCCGACGGGAUCAAGUGUGCCAAAGAAACAAUGCCGGUACUGAACUCAUCAGCGCCGCUAAACGUCGGCACAGACCGGCGGCUCUUUGCCGUGGCGGCCAACAUCACUAAGUCAAUGAAGGUUCCGGUCCAUUUUCUCGAUAUAACGGCGCUGUCUGAGUACCGGAAGGAUGCGCACACUUCGGUCCACACCAUCCGGCAGGGAAAGCUGUUGACGCCGGAGCAGAAAUCCGACCCGGCCAAGUUUGCCGACUGCAUUCAUUGGUGCCUCCCCGGCUUGCCCGACACGUGGAACGAGUUCCUCUACGCCCGAAUAAUGUCGCGCCUCUGACAAGAAAUUAUUCUGUUGGGGACUUCCGUUUGCGGAUAUAUAAGUUGAUAGUUGUGUUUCCCUGACAGUUCGAAUUUUUAGGUGAGACGGUCAUUCUGCAUCCGAUAUAUUCCAUGGCCUGUAAAGAUAGAUUAUUUUUCAUGCAUGGCUCAAAUUGUUGCCUGGAAAUUUUGUGUCGAUCGUUUUUAAUAUGUUUCUAGAGAGUGAAAGUGUGUGGUAUUUAAAGGUUAUACGUUGGCUGAUUAUAAGAGGAUCAAACGUUGUGAAGACAUGAAUUGAUUUAAAUUGUAUGCAAGUUAUCGAAGUGUACAUAUAAGAUAAGU